AUGGCAGUGGCCCGGGGAGUCGGAAGCCCAGAGCCAGCGCCGCCGCAGCUAUAUAAGUGGGGGUCUGUGGGUUGGGGGAGCCCGGCUGUGGUUUGAAAAGGCGAAGAGCCGCCGCCCGAGGCCGGUGCGGGCGGGCUGGGCGCCGCGGCCCCCGGACCCUUUUCCCUGAGGUGAACGCCGGGAGCCAGGAGCUCGGGCGCCGGGGGGGUCUGAGCGCCGCGGGGCGCCGCCACCGCCGGCCUCCCCACAGCAGCGCGCCCCCAGCCCCGCGGGCGAGGCCUCGGGCGCCCCGCAGCCACCGCCGCGCCAUGCUCCACCUGAGUGAGUUUUCCAGCCCCGACGCGCUCCUCGACAAGUCCACCGAAGGCUGUUGCGCCGAACCCAGCAUCGAAUCGUCCCGGCUGCCCGCCAAGGACGCACCCCCAGCCACCGGCUACACCGGAGGUGACUUCUUGAGCUGGGCUCUGAGCAGCUGCGGCGUUGCGGGGGACUCGGCCGACUCCUGCCUCCCGGAGGGUCCGGCGCCCACACCCCCUCCGGGCCUCAGCUACAGCGGUAGCUUCUUCAUCCAGGCCGUCCCGGAGCACCCCCACGACCCCGAGGCCCUCUUCAACCUCAUGUCGGGUAUUUUAGGCCUGGCCCCCUUCCCCGGCCCCGAAGCAGCAGCAUCUCGGUCCCCCCUCGAUACUCCUUUUCCCGCGGGCCCCGACGCCCUCCUUCCGGGUCCUUCGGACCUCUACUCCCAGGAUCUGAGCGCGGCCGCCUUCUCGGAGGCGUUUUGGGAGGCCUCGCCUUCAGCGGGCGUCCCCUCGCAAUGCCUGUACGAGCCUCAGCUCUCCCCGCCCGACGUCAAGCCGGGCCUGCGGGCGCCUCCGGCCUCUCCAGCGCUGGACGCGGCGACGGCGGCGGCUGCGGCCUUCAAAGGUCCCUACGCUCCCUGGGAGCUGCUUUCUGUGGGGGCCCCAGGGCCCUGUGGCUCGCAGGGGAGCUACCCGGCCACCCCCGAGGCCCGCUUCCCCGCUCUGGGGACCAAGAUUGAGGACUUGCUGUCCAUCAGCUGCCCUGCAGAGCUGCCGGCCGGCCAAGCCAACAGACUCUACCCCGCCGGGGCCUACGAUGCUUUCGCGCUGGCCCCGGGUGAGCUGGGCGAAGGGGCCGAGGGCCUCCCGGGGCUGCUCACCCCUCCCGGAGGGGAGGGCGGGAGCGGCGGCGACGCCGGAGAGUUUCUGGCCCGUACGCAGCCUCAGCUUUCCCCGCUGAGCCUUCGCGGCGCCGCCACGCCGGCGGACUUCCCCAAAGCCCUGGUGACCGACAUCGCGGGGAGCGGCGGCGUGGCGGCGCCCCCCGGGCCGCCGCCGGCCACCUCUUUCCCCCCGGCCAAGGCGCGGCGCAAAGGGCGCCGGGGCGGCAAGUGCAGCGCGCGGUGCUUCUGUCCGCGGCCGCACGCCAAAGCCUUUGCCUGUCCGGUGGAGAGCUGUGUGCGGAGCUUUGCGCGCUCCGACGAGCUCAACCGCCACCUGCGCAUCCACACCGGCCACAAGCCCUUCCAGUGCCGCAUCUGCCUCCGCAACUUCAGCCGUAGCGACCACCUCACCACGCACGUGCGCACCCACACGGGCGAGAAGCCCUUUGCCUGCGACGUGUGCGGCCGCCGCUUCGCCCGCAGCGAUGAGAAGAAACGGCACAGCAAGGUGCACCUGAAGCAGAAGGCGCGUGCUGAGGAGCGGCUCAAGGGGCUGGGCUUUUACUCGCUGGGCCUCUCCUUUGCUGGGCUGUGA